AUGGCGACCCAAAUCACAGCCGAAUCGCUCCCAAAGCUGCUUGCCGACGACACAUGCGUCAAACUCGCUGGUAUUGACGUCGAUGGCAUGCUCCGCGGCAAGCUCGUCUCCAAGAAGAAGUUCCUGUCUAUUGCUGAAGCUGGUUUCGGCUUCUGCUCCGUCAUCUUUGGCUGGGACAUGCACGACCAGACCUACCUCAAGGAACUCAAGGUGUCCAAUGCCGAGAAUGGAUAUCGCGACAUGUUGGCCAUUCCCGACCUCUCUACCUUUCGAAGAAUCCCAUGGGAGAACAACGUACCCUUUUUCCUGGUCAACUUCUUCGACCCCGAGAACAAGACGCCCAUUGCCGCUUGCUCAAGAGGCUUGUUGAAGAUGCAGUUGGACAAGGUGCACGCCAAGGGGUACGGAGCAAUGGCUGGAGCUGAAUACGAAUUCUACACCUUCCGCAACCCAAACAACGAUUCCGCCUCCCCCGCCGGCUUCCUCCAACAAAAUCCCCCCCAUCAGCUGCCUUCGCUAACAGAAGGCAUGUUUGGGUACAGUCUCAACCGGCCCGUCCACAACAAAGACUGGUACUACGACGUGUACGACACAUGCGCCAAGUUCUCGUGCGACAUUGAGGGUUGGCACACCGAGUCCGGACCAGGCGUGUACGAGGCAGCCCUCGAAUUCGGCGAGGUGGCUGCCAUGGCUGACCGCGCCAGUCUGUUCAAGUACGUCGUCAAGAGCGUGGGCAUAAACCACGGCAUCACGCCCUGCUUCAUGGCCAAGCCCAAGCAGGGCCUCCCUGGAAACAGUGGCCACAUGCACAUUUCCAUUGUCGACAAGGACGGCAAGAAUCUGCUAGCCAGAGACUCCCUAGACCCCAAUGCGAAAUGGAACGACAUUGCCGCGCUGUCAGAUUUAGGCCGUCAUUUCCUCGCCGGUUUGCUAGAAGGCCUUCCGGACAUCAUGCCCAUGCUCGCGCCCACAAUCAAUUCCUACAAGCGUCUCGUUGAGAACUUUUGGGCUCCAGUGACGGUAUCAUGGGGUCUAGAGCACCGCGCCGCUUCCAUCCGUCUCAUCUCCCCGCCGACAUCCAAGCCCGGCGCAACCAGAUUUGAAGUGCGCACCCCAGGAGCCGAUUCGAAUCCCCAUUUUGUGCUUGCCGCCAUUCUUGGCUGUGGCUGGCGCGGCGUAGAGAAGAAGUUGGAGAUUCCGUGCCCGCCGCUGGCAAUGGGCCAGGAUACCGGUGGUGCUGCUGACCAGGGCGAGCGGUUGGCCAAGAGUCUCAAGGAGGCCACCGCGCGGUUCAUGAGAAAGGAUAGCAUUGCCAGAGAGAUUUUUGGCGAUGAUUUCGUCGACCAUUUUGGUGGCACGAGAGAGAAUGAGGUUCGCUUGUUCGAUGAGGCUGUUACAGAUUGGGAAAUGAAGCGUUACAUAGAAACCGUCUAA